GGGAGUCGCCAUGGUGAGUGCUGAGGGGGCAGUGGCACCUCGGUCGACCUUCCUUGUAGCCCCUGCUCUCUCCCACCGCCCCGCACUCCAGCGAGUGGAGAAGGGGCCCCACAGACCGUUCGGGAUUAAGACCAGCCCGAUUUGGCCUGCGGGAUAGGGGACAGCAGGAGGAAGGCCGCGGGCAGGCUGAUCCGGGCCGGGGUGGGCGGCGGCUCUUGGCUGCGGCCGUUGCUGAGAGACGGGGCGGCCUCUCUGUGGGGUUGACUUGGCAUGUAGGCUUUGGGGUCCAUGAAGGCCUGCGGCCUCCUUUAAGUGGAAUCGGUCACCUGCCUACCACGAGGGGACCGGUAGUCCUAGGUCUGAGCGUCUGGCCCCCGGGGCGCGUGGAGGCCUUGAGACUCGGAGGUGGCGCCGGGACCCGCCCAGAUGUUGCGUUUCUACCUUUGUGCCUAGUUGUGCUCGGCCGUCCCCACGCCCUCCUGGAGGGGUCGCAGUGGUUCCUUGGCCUUUCUUGGCCUCAUACCCGCCUUCGGCUGCAGUGUUUGUCAGCGAGUUCUGGGGACCUGCUUACAUGAAUUUCCUGGAAGGACUCAGGCUGUCUUCUAAUCCUGACGGUCGCAAAGGAGACUGAUUGUUUACUUUAGCAUUUGUGCAUUGGGCGCACCUUGCCUCUUUUGUCUCGCCAUUGAUGAAAUCCAAGUAUUUGACUUGCUGGAAGCAGUACUUCUCCUUAGGGCCCGUCUAUGACGGCAGCAAAUCGUGGUGUGGCUGUUGGCCGGUAAACUUGAACUUCCUCAAAAUGUGAAUCUUUGUGUCUGGUUCCCACAAAGCCUACAACACAGCAGUCCCCUCAGGAUGAGCAGGAAAAGCUCUUGGAUGAAGCCAUACAGGCUGUGAAGGUCCAGUCAUUCCAAAUGAAGAGAUGCCUGGACAAAAACAAGCUUAUGGAUGCUCUAAAACAUGCUUCUAAUAUGCUUGGUGAACUCCGGACUUCUAUGUUAUCACCAAAGAGUUACUAUGAACUUUAUAUGGCCAUUUCUGAUGAACUGCACUACUUGGAGGUCUACCUGACAGAUGAGUUUGCUAAAGGAAGGAAAGUGGCAGAUCUCUAUGAACUUGUACAGUAUGCUGGAAACAUUAUCCCAAGGCUUUACCUUUUGAUCACAGUUGGAGUUGUAUAUGUCAAGUCAUUUCCUCAGUCCAGGAAGGAUAUUUUGAAAGAUUUGGUAGAAAUGUGCCGUGGUGUGCAACAUCCCUUAAGGGGUCUGUUUCUUCGAAAUUACCUUCUUCAGUGUACCAGAAAUAUCUUACCUGAUGAAGGAGAGCCAACAGAUGAAGAAACAACUGGUGACAUCAGUGAUUCCAUGGAUUUUGUACUGCUCAACUUUGCAGAAAUGAACAAGCUCUGGGUGCGAAUGCAGCAUCAGGGACAUAGCCGAGAUAGAGAAAAAAGAGAACGAGAAAGACAAGAACUGAGAAUUUUAGUGGGAACAAAUUUGGUGCGCCUCAGUCAGUUGGAAGGUGUAAAUGUGGAACGUUACAAACAGAUUGUUUUGACUGGCAUAUUGGAGCAAGUUGUAAACUGUAGGGAUGCUUUGGCUCAAGAAUAUCUCAUGGAGUGUAUUAUUCAGGUUUUCCCUGAUGAAUUUCACCUCCAGACUUUGAAUCCUUUUCUUCGGGCCUGUGCUGAGUUACACCAGAAUGUAAAUGUGAAGAACAUAAUCAUUGCUUUAAUUGAUAGAUUAGCUUUAUUUGCUCACCGUGAAGAUGGACCUGGAAUCCCAGCGGAUAUUAAACUUUUUGAUAUAUUUUCACAGCAGGUGGCUACAGUGAUACAGUCUAGACAAGACAUGCCUUCAGAGGAUGUUGUAUCUUUACAAGUCUCUCUGAUUAAUCUUGCCAUGAAAUGUUACCCUGAUCGUGUGGACUAUGUUGAUAAAGUUCUAGAAACAACAGUGGAGAUAUUCAAUAAGCUCAACCUUGAACAUAUUGCUACCAGUAGUGCAGUUUCAAAGGAACUCACCAGACUUUUGAAAAUACCAGUUGACACUUACAACAAUAUUUUAACAGUCUUGAAAUUAAAACAUUUUCACCCACUCUUUGAGUACUUUGACUACGAGUCCAGAAAGAGCAUGAGUUGUUAUGUGCUUAGUAAUGUUCUGGAUUAUAACACAGAAAUUGUCUCUCAAGACCAGGUGGAUUCCAUAAUGAAUUUGGUAUCCACAUUGAUUCAAGAUCAGCCAGAUCAACCUGUAGAAGACCCUGAUCCAGAAGAUUUUGCUGAUGAGCAGAGCCUUGUGGGCCGCUUCAUUCAUCUGCUGCGCUCUGAGGACCCUGACCAGCAGUACUUGAUUUUGAACACAGCACGAAAACAUUUUGGAGCUGGUGGAAAUCAGCGGAUUCGCUUCACACUGCCACCUUUGGUAUUUGCAGCUUACCAGCUGGCUUUUCGAUAUAAAGAGAAUUCUAAAGUGGAUGACAAAUGGGAAAAGAAAUGCCAGAAGAUUUUUUCAUUUGCCCACCAGACUAUCAGUGCUUUGAUCAAAGCAGAGCUGGCAGAAUUGCCCUUAAGACUUUUUCUUCAAGGAGCACUAGCUGCUGGGGAAAUUGGUUUUGAAAAUCAUGAAACAGUCGCAUAUGAAUUCAUGUCCCAGGCAUUUUCUCUGUAUGAAGAUGAAAUCAGCGAUUCCAAAGCACAGCUAGCUGCCAUCACCUUGAUCAUUGGCACUUUUGAAAGGAUGAAGUGCUUCAGUGAAGAGAAUCACGAACCUCUGAGGACUCAGUGUGCCCUUGCUGCAUCCAAACUUCUAAAGAAACCUGAUCAGGGCCGAGCUGUGAGCACCUGUGCACAUCUCUUCUGGUCUGGCAGAAACACGGACAAAAAUGGGGAGGAGCUUCACGGAGGCAAGAGGGUAAUGGAGUGCCUAAAAAAAGCUCUAAAAAUAGCAAAUCAGUGCAUGGACCCCUCUUUACAAGUGCAGCUUUUUAUAGAAAUUCUGAACAGAUAUAUCUAUUUUUAUGAAAAGGAAAAUGAUGCGGUAACAAUUCAGGUUUUAAACCAGCUUAUCCAAAAGAUUCGAGAAGACCUCCCGAAUCUUGAAUCCAGUGAAGAAACAGAGCAGAUUAACAAACAUUUUCAUAACACACUGGAGCAUUUGCGCUUGCGGCGGGAAUCACCAGAAUCCGAGGGGCCAAUUUAUGAAGGUCUCAUCCUUUAAAAAGGAAAUAGCUCACCAUACUCCUUUCCAUGUACAUCCAGUGAGGGUUUUAUUACGCUAGGUUUCCCUUCCAUAGAUUGUGCCUUUCAGAAAUGCUGAGGUAGGUUUCCCAUUUCUUACCUGUGAUGUGUUUUACCCAGCACCUCCGGACACUCACCUUCAGGACCUUAAUAAAAUUAUUCACUUGGUAAGUGUUCAAGUCUUUCUGAUCACCCCAAGUAGCAUGACUGAUCUGCUAUUUAAAAUUCCUGUGAUCUGUAAAAAAAACAAAACAAAACAAAACAAAACCCACAAGCACUUAUCUUGGCUACUAAUGAAGCUCUCCUUUUUUUUGUUUGUUUGUUUGCUUCAUUGUUGAUUGUGUAUUUUCUUCAUUCCUGGGGAGUACUAACCCAAAGGCGUCUGUCUCUUUUGUUUUCUAGUCCAAUUUGAGAUUAAUUUAGAAGAAAGGAAUACUGUAUGUGAAAUUCAUCUUGGGCUUUUCCCUAAAUUGCAAGAUAAGGCCAUGUGUAAGAUUUUCCGUAAAACUAGAAUAUAUUAAUGCAUGUUUGAGAAUUUUAAAGCACCAUGGUCAAAAACAGAAGCUAUAUUUUGCAUAUUUGGACUCAGCCAUCCAUUAAGAACCUAUGUUGUCCUCUGGACAUAUUUAUCAAUAUAAUUGGGUUUUAAAUAGUAUAAAAGAAAAUUUGUGAUCUAUAUAAUUUAUGUAUCACCUUCAUUGUAAAUUUAGCAGGAAAUGCAUCACAAUUAUGAUUUUUUUUUUUUUGCACCAGUGAAACAAUAAAGAUGCUAUUAACAA